AUGGCCGCUGGCCGUCUCUGUUCGAUGAGUAGCUCCAACUGCGGCAGCAGACCACAAUUGCCACAGAUUUAUCAACACCUUCGAUACUACAGCAACCCAGCAGAGCAGAGAUGGAUUGUACGAAUUUUGCUGUUCGUGCCUAUAUAUGCUUUCGAUUCCUGGCUGUCACUCCUAUUCUUCAAUGACAAUUAUUACAUCUACUUUGACACGAUCAGGGACUGCUAUGAAGCAUUUGUGAUCUACAACUUCCUAAGUCUUUGCUACGAGUACCUGGGUGGAGAAGGGAACAUCAUGAGUGAAAUCAGAGGAAAGCCUAUUAGAUCAUCAUGUAUGUAUGGGACUUGCUGCCUUGUUGGCAAGACAUACACGAUUGGAUUCCUGAGGUUCUGCAAGCAAGCCACCCUCCAGUUCUGCUUGGUCAAACCUGUGAUGGCUUUCAUUACCAUCAUCCUUCAGUUCUCCUUGAAAUAUCAGGAUGGCGAUUGGAGUCCUGAAGGUGGCUACCUGUACAUCACCAUCAUCUACAACAUCUCAGUGUCACUGGCCCUGUACAGCUUGUUCCUCUUCUACUUUGCCACAAGAGACCUACUGCAGCCAUAUGAACCUGUACUUAAAUUCUUUACCAUAAAAUCAGUGAUCUUUUUAUCGUUCUGGCAAGGAGUUCUCUUGGCUAUUCUUGAAAAGGGAAAAGUAAUUGAGGGUAUUCCGACUCUCAAUACUGGCACAGUUUCUGCGGGGUACCAGAACUUCAUCAUCUGUGUAGAAAUGUUCUUUGCCUCAGUAGCUCUCCGCUAUGCCUUCCCAUACCAGAUAUAUGGAGAUUUUACCGUAACGGGACCUGGCCGCAGUGUUACCAUGCAGAGUAUUUCAUCAUCACUGAAGGAAACCAUGAACCCCAAAGACAUCAUGACAGAUGCAAUUCACAAUUUCCACCCACAGUACCAGCAGUACACCCAAUACAGUGCAGGCGAAGGUGGCCGGCCAACACAGGUACUUACGCAGAGCCAUGAUAUGGAGGAGCUCCGACCAGAUCUAUUGCCAGUGUCCUCAACCACUGCUAGCACUGGGGCCUCUGAGACUAGUCCUUCAACUACCACCACCACUACUGCACCCAGUAAUGGUAGUGGUGGGGGUAGAGGAGGAGUAGUGGUAGGCUCAGGUCUCAGUAUCAUCUCCACUGCAGUCCCUUCACAACAGUCCCAGCAACUUGUGAGACUUCCUCCGCCACCCUCUAAAGGAGGAACUACUAGAGAUUCAGGCCACACUGCAGUGAGCACAUAUGAUGCCGAUGAAGCUCCACGGUCUAAUGGAAGCAACGGAAUGAAUGGAAUUGGGGGAAUUGGAAAUGGAAAUGGAGGAUUAGGUGGAAGAGGAACCCAAAAUGGUGGACGGAAUGGCAAUGGACGGGCAGCAUAUAAUGAGAAGACCAUGUUGUUGAGUUCUGACGAUGAAUUUCAGUGAGAAAAAGGCUGAAGUGCAGCAGUGAGGCUGGUUAGAUGACCAUUUCUCUGGUAUCCAGCAGAAGCUAGCUUUCCUUAUCAAGCUCCUCAAGAAGUAAAUUCAAGAGCUGCAAAUUCAAGUGUAUAUUUUUUCCAGGUAGUGCAAAUAUAUGAACACUAAUAGUUUGCCACAUUUCUGAUGGAUUUUGGUUAAUGAUUUUAUUAAGAAUGCCUGAGUUCCUUCCUAAUUUCAUCUUAAACGUAUUUAUUGUUUUAUUGGUGCUCAUUACUGAAAGGGAGCAGUGCAAAGAAAAGUAAAGCUCUUGGGAUACACAUUAAUGGAAUUUUUUUAAGUCUGCUUCCAUGAGUCUGGAUUUUCUUUUUUCACAGAAAUUGUGGAGUACAUACUUUAUUUUCUUGUUAAUUUAUUUGAAGUUUAAUUUUUGUUUAAGUUACUUUAAUAAGCCACAUCAUUAGCAGGUGCUAAAACUUACUUAACAAAGAGCUCUGAAAAAACCUGAGUUAAUGAUCAUAAAGUAUAUCCUUAGUUACUGAUGAAAAUAGUGUAAAGAGUAUUGUUGUGAUAACUAUAAAUAAACUGCUGACCAUAUUCACAAGCAUCACUUUCUUCUUGUAAAUAAUGUGGUAAUUUUUGAAAUGCAUUUCAUAAUUAUUUCCAAGUAAGUAACUGUGAAAAGGAUCAUUUACAGAAAAUUUGGGUACAGUUCAUUCCAGUUAAGUGUAUUAAGAACUGGAAAUGAAACAAUGGCAGUUACUACAUAUAUGCAGAACCAAAUGUGUACACCUUGAAGUUAUAAUUUUUCUUAUGCUUAUCUGACGAGACUCUCUUUUAUCAUCUUAAAAAGGUACAUUGGGACCUUGUUCUUCCAAAACUUAUUUAGUCGAAGGGAAAUGUACUUCACGUGAAAAGUUGUGAAAACAAUAUCACAGUAAGAUGAAUAUAAACUGAAAUAAAAAUACUUAAGUUAACAAUUAUACACUGAUAUACUAACCCUUUCAGCUGAUGUCUCUAAAAAGUUUUAAAAAAAAACUAGCCUUGUUCAUGUGCAUAACCCUGCUGUAUGGUUGAGAAAAGUUAUGGUUGAACUAGGUGCCAAUGAAUAUAAAAUAUCAUAAUACACUUUAAAUUCUACAAACAUAUUCACAUAUUACAAAGUCAUUAUUGAACUGCUAGGUUGUGUGUGCCAUUAUAUGACACAUUAUGACAGAAGCAACUCAUAUUUUAUUAUACAAUCAAUCAUCUUAUUUGAAUCACUGAGAAUCUGGUGCAUUAUCAUAAUAUACUGUUGAUAACUUGGAUGUAACUUCAUAUUUGUAAAUCCCAUUCAUGUCACUGCUAUCUUGCCCAUAAUUAUCAUCUGUAUGCUUGCUAAAACUGAAGCUUUGUUAUACCAAUGUGUCUGGCACACAACACACUGGAUCUGUCCUUUAAUAAUAUUGGAACCAUCAUUAUUACAUUUUAAAUCCCAGUAACAUUCUUCUUGAAGGUGGGAUAAAAAAUUACUUUUGAUAAAAAACUUGAUAUUUCUGAAACCAUUGAGAGACUAGUGUAUGGAGAGACAGGCUCUAGAAUGGUCACAUUCAGAUUACUCAAGUGCACAGUUAUGAUCAGAAGCAGGGAAGAUAUUGGAUUACAGUUUAUCUUGUUGGAAAGCAUAUUGCUACAUCAAGUCAUGCUUAGUAAUCCUGGAUAUUACUGAUAUAAGUGUAUCAUGUACAGAGUGUAUGGAAAUGCCUAGUGUCCUGAAUAUAGCUAGGAAAGAUGAUGUCUAGCAUAUUGCCCAUUACAUAUAUUAGCUUACAUGCUGCAGGGAUUCCUCAACUUGUGAUUUGGUUAGGUUUCUCCAUGGAUUAAUUUUAUAAGCUAGAUAUCUAAUACAGCUCUGUUUAACUAGGGGCAUCAGGUCUAUUUUAUAUUCAAAGUUCAUUAUUCAAGAAUACUUUGUCAUAUAGUUAGGAUCAGGAGUUACCACACAGCUAAAGAUAUAUAUGGACCUCAUAGUGAUCUAUUUUUCAUAAAGCUCCAUGGUAUGAUGAAAAAAUAUAUUCUCCACCAGACAGACAAGGUUGCCACGUAGAUCAGGUAAGCUGAGAAUUAUCAUGCAAUAUAGUUGAUAAAUGAACUUUAGCAGAAAUUAUAUUGAACUUUUUGACAUCUUUGUUUUUGGUAGAGUGUCUGUUUUGUUAAGAAUAUAUAUUUUAAGCAUACGAUUCGUGUUAAUACUGUACUAUAUUUGGUAAUGAGUGUAAUGUAUAGAUGUGUUGUCAAGUUGGCCAUUUUUAUAAUGUGGAUGUAGGACCAGCAGUUCGUAUCAGUAACUAAAAGUAAUGGCAUAGACUGCUUUUCCAAAGAAUAAUUGUUUAAACAUUUACACAGAAACACACAUAUACUGCACACACACAAUUCUGCACUUAUUCAUAUCCACACUUCUACCCAGAAAAAAAUCUUUGUUUCACACACACACACACACACACAUACACACACACACACUCAUCCAAAUAAACAAAUGUAUUUACACACAACAAUAUUUUGGUAUUCAUAUGAAGAGGAGCAGUAGAAGGUUAAGGGAAACUAUAUAAUGAUUAACUUAUUUAACUUACACCAAGUGAAAACUUAUUACUCUGUGCAUGAUAAUUGAUACUGUAGUUUUCUUGCAACUGUGAGUUAAGAGUAAUGAUUUUCUUGUUCAGAUUAAGAAAUCCACCGAGAUAAUACUUAUUGAGGCCCGGUACCUAUAAUGAGCAACUUACACCUGGGAAAAUAAAUGGAAGCAUAUUCAGUUGCCACAAAUACAGAAACCAGAACCAUUCAAUAUAUAUCUUAAUGAAACCAGGCCUUUGCAUUUGUGAAAAUGUUUAAGUGCAAAAUAGCUUCCUGAAAUUGGUGAAUGCACUACUUAGCUCUGAAUAUGUGAGGCAGCUAUGCACACUAAUUAUUAUUUAAUUACUGUACUUUGAUGAAAAAUUUAGAUGCAGUAUAGUACAGUAUUUUAAAGUGAUGAAGUCUGCACACAAGAGAGAGUUAUGAAGAUUCAUUUCAUCUUUCAAAUGGUGUAAUAAGUCUAGGUACUUCAGAAAAUGUGUUUGUAAAUGUGGCUCCAGUCAUAUUUUCCUGUGGCCCUAAAAUAUACAUGUAAACACAUGUACUGAUAAUGGUUUCAGAAUGGACAUAUGCAGUGUAAUAUGAUGAAUUACAUUUCAUAGUACAGUAUAUGUUUUACCCAUCCAAGAGCUAGAUUUGCUGGAGUAUUAAAAUGUCACAAAUAACUGUACGUAUUAUGUUUGAAACCGUAUACUGAGAUUUUUCUUUUGGAAAUAUAUAGUUUUCUCCAUGACCUUUUAUGCCAGUGAUUUAAUUAUAAGGAAUUGUAAAUAAAUGUUCAUGUUCUUUUAUGUGGGCUACUUAUUGGAGUAAAUUGAGAGAGAAUAACAAAAAAUUACAAAACCAAAGAUUCACUUGUAUCAUUCCAACUUUGAUUCCUAGGGGAUUUUCAAGGGCAGUCUUUGAAAUAGAGGAAAUUAUGAAAAUAUUACCAGAGAGUUUAUCAAUAUAUGUUUUUAGUAUAUAUAUUUAUAAAAGUGAACGUAAAUAGCGUAACAUUUACGGUUAUAUGGUAAUGUUUUUAUGAAUUCUUCUAUGCAGAUUUAAGGUGAAUUGUAAUGCACAAGUUGAACAUUUAUGUUUGUGCCAAUUCUUAGUUUGCUGAUGUACUUACAAAGAGGUUCCUAUCUAUAAAGGUUUAACCUCUAAUUAUAUUUUCAUAUAGCAUUGAUGUGCAAGUUAUAAUCCGUAAAUAUAAAAAAAAAAAUUAUCGCUAGACAAAUAGACUUACUGCAAUAUUAAGAUAAUUUUGGCCAGAAUAUAUUAAUUUUUUAUGUAUGUUUCUACAGCAGUGUGGUUGUAAAUGUAAUAUAUAUAUAUAUAUAUAUAUAUAUAUAUAUAUAUAUAUAUAUAUAUAUAUAUAUAUAUAUAUAUAUAUAUAUAUAUAUAUAUAUAUAUAUAUAUAUAUAUAUAUAUAUAUAUAUAUAUUAUUCAGCUUCAACUUUUGUGUAGGACAUGAGAGGAGAAAAGAUUGAUAAGAUAUAACUUUUGUAGCUUUUUUGGUUUUUACAGCAACAGUCAUCUUUUCAACAGUUCACAUUAAUUGAUUUAUAUAUCUUUAGCACUGUUGAACAUUACAAAUGGAGAAGAAAUGUCAUAACCAUAUUUGUUUUAGCACUUUCCCAGUAUCAAGUGUACUUGGUCAUCUUUAACAAAUAAUUAAUUUAGGGCUCAAAUGUGAUAAAAAUCUGCCUCAUGUAUGUCUGGGUAACAGUUAUUGAUUUAUUAGUAUUCAGUAGACAAGAAUGAAUCAUAUUCACUUUAUUGAUAUUUGACUUGCGUUGCUCUUUUGUAAGAAUGAAUCAGAACAAAUUAUGGCAUAUAUAAGGAUAGUGCAGUAAUGUUUAUAGUUUUUGAUUGAAUUAUUUUUAAGCAGUCAUUUCAGCUGAAAAAUAUAUAAUUUUGAGGCUACCAACUUUUGCACAUGUACUACAAAGCUAAAGAAGGCAGUAGAAUGACACUAGAAUAGAAUAUAUUUUGAGUGCAUUGCUUUGGAGCAUUGCCAUGUGUGCGUGUGUAUCACAUGUGAAUAAAUAUCUGAAAGUAGCUUUUAAUACUGGAAGGAAUAUGUGCUCAGCUUUUAUUUGCAACAGGGAUAUAAAUUUGUGUAAUGGUAAUUUUCCUUAAUGUGUGAAUCACUCGCUGCAUCCACUAAUUAGUUCAGGACUUUUGGACUGUACCUAAUAUGAUCAUGAUGUAUUUCUUAGUAGUAUUAAUAUUUUUAUCACUUAUUAAAAUUGUGUGUAAUAUAAUACAUUUUUAGUAUCAAGUCCUUUCCAAAGAGGUGUUAAUGCAAUUUUUUAUUAAACUUUUAGUUCCCACAUCACGUUCAAAUGGACCACAUGAAUACAAACCUGUACUGUACUGUACUGUAUAAUCUCCCUGUACCCUCUAUAAGAAAAUUUUUAAGAAAUAAUUUGCAUAUUUUUAAUUUCCAAGAAUAUUACAGUACUUUAUUCUCUCAGGUUAGUCAUACAGGAGGAAGCAAAUUAAAAUCUUCGAAAAAUAGGUCAUACAUUGUAGAAAGAAAUAUAAAGUUUUUAGUAAUAGAUUUAUAUGUUGCUUUUUUUAAAUUAAUGAAUGAAAAAGUAAAAUGGUAGUAGAGUGUAUAUAAGCCUGAAACAUUCCAAAGAACUUUACAGCUGUGAGUGCAAUAAUUAAGAAAAGGCUGUUAUCUUACAUUACUUACUUCAGCAUGGAUUCAUGAAUUGAUGUUUUUGUAAAUUUUAGGGAAUAUGUUUGAAGGGAGAAUCAAGAUUACAAAUCUUGCCAAUGAACUUGAAACCACAAUGAAGAGCAUCACUCCACCAUCUUCACAACUUCUCUGAAAUAUUUGGAAUUUUUAUUUGAUUGAUGUUAAAUUACUGAUUUGGUUCACAGAUUUAAUGUACUAGUUUUAAAUUCUUAAUACCCCAUAUAAAUUAUGUAGGUACAUUCUAAACGUCCUUGACAGCACAAGUCUCAUCCUAAAUGAAUUUAGCCUUUGGAUAAACUCUAUUGAGAUAAUUAAAACUUACCUAAACAUCCUUAUUAAUACUGUACUGUAUUUAAAAAUGAUUUAAUUAAAAACACACUUGUUGAAGGAAAAUGCUAAAAAAUGAACAAAUAUAUUUUAUAUGAAAAACUUUCUCAUACGUGAGGGGACUUAUUUUUACUAUGUACAAUCUGUAAAUUUGCCUCAUUUCAUACAUAUUUGUAUAUUACAUUAUCUUUCUUUUUCCCUUGUUCAAAUCCCAUAUUAAACAUAAUGUAAACUAAUGAAAAGACAUUCAGUUCCUGAACUGGUGUUAGUUAUUAUAUCACCAUUGCUAAUGCGCUGUAUUUUCUUUUUGUUAGAAUAAAGGAUUUGGUCAACUUCUA